AUGUCCGACUCCUACACCAGCUCAUCAUACUACUACAGUUCCACAACCAGCACCACGAACGGCACAUCCACGACCGGCCACCGCUACACAACAAGCUCCCACACAGAUCCAGACGGCCACACAACCGUCCGCACCGCCCACCAAGACCUAGGCGAGCCGCCCGUCAUCGAAGAACGACGCUACGACCGAACAGGCCAGGAACAAGCCAUGCUGGAGGGACCCACGGCUCCAACACCACGCAUCACUGAACUCGGCGAGGAGACAGGAUCUACAGCGCAGGACGCCGGGAGUCGAUAUGGGGGUCCCGGAUUCGGGGCGGAAGAAGCUGGCCAUGAGCAGGCCCGUGGUCAUCCGUAUGACCGGUCCAUUGACAGAGUCACGAGCGUAUGA